AUGUCGUCGCAGCUCUACUGCCUCUGGGUCUCGAUCGCAAUCUUGAUCACCUUAAUACCAUGCAUACAUGCUGCUGGUGCACAGUGCUACUUCCCAGACGGAACCGAAGCGGCCAACUACACGUCUUGCAACGCAGCUGCUACACAGAGCUCAUGCUGUAGGCCCACUGAAGCUUGCCUUUCGAACGGCUAUUGCUUCCAGCAAACAGGAUAUGCCAAUCGAAUAAGUCGUGGAGCAUGUACCGAUUCAAGCUUCGGCAGCACAGCAUGUCCGGCAAGAUGUCGCGAUGUGGCCCAAAACGUAGCCCUCACCAUCUUCCAAGCCGCCGACACCGCCGACAGCAGUCAAGGCAACGGCUUGUUCUGCUGCUUGAAUGGCUACAACGUCACAUCCAGACAAUGCAUGACCGAGUCCGACGGCACAUCCGCUCCUUUCUCCCUACCAGCAGGCUCUGUCGUGAUCGAUCGUAGUAACGGCGCCACCCUUCCGCAGAACUUCAACAGCACAGACGCAGCUGGCAGUAUCAUCACAGUCACAGCCACAGCCGCUGCAAACGCCACAAACACUCCCGAAUCAAACAACACAACAGCCAUCGCAGCCGGAAUAUCAGUGCCCCUUGGUCUUCUCCUCCUCGCGGCUCUGGCUGGCUGUUUCGUGCUGUGGAGGAAUCUGAAGAAGGCGAGGAAUCAGGUGCAAGGGGCAGUACAUGGUUCGGUAUAUGAUGGGAAUGUUCAGAAGGGAGUACACUAUGCGGCGCAGGAGAAGCCUUACGAUCAUGCGUAUGGGGGGUAUCAAUCGGUCCCUCGCGAGGCUUCGCCUCCGGCUGCACCUCCGGCGGAAGUCUGGAGUGGGCAGAUGCAGCCGGUUGAGGCGCCGGCGGAUCGGGAGGUAUCGAUGGCGGAUAGUAAGGCUGUUGGGAAGUGA